CCUUCCUUCCUUCUUCCCUUCCUUCCUUCCAUUCACCCCUCCUUCUUUCCUUGGAGACCCGCCUAUAACGGCUUCUGAGAUCGAGGCAGGGAGCCCAGGCCCCGAGUUCCCAGGGCUGUCGCUUGCCGUGUCAGGAUCUGUGACAGAGUAUUCUUACUCAGAAACAAUGUCCAGUGAUUCUUGGAGCAGAGAGGAGCAAGAAGAAUGGGAAAAUGUAAAUAAGUUACUGCGACAUCAUGGCUUAAGACCCUUGGUAACAGAUAAGAUUGUUAUGGACAGGCAGUCUUCACAAGAAAUUCGGUACGCAUUGACAACAUUAGUGGAAGAAACAGAGCGUCAACGGAAAAUUGUUCGUGGCUUGAUAGAAGACAAUCGCCAGCUAAGAGAUGAACUGCGCUUGGAGCGAAGUCGGGCUUCUCGGCAGGAACAACGAGCCAAUGACCUGGACAUCAUUUUAGAAAAUAUCAAACACAAAAUACGCCAGCUGGAAGAUGAGUCCAUAGCUAAUGCUUCCCAGCAGCACAACCAAGUCAAAGAACUUCAGAAAGAUCAGCAAGCUACUCAGUCAAAGUACAACCAACUAUCUGAGAAAUUACGAGAACGAGAGGAGACUAUUGCCUGUUUGGAAAAGGAGCUUUCUAGGAUAGGCACAGAGGAGCACCAUCGUCUUACUAGGCAGAAAAAAAUGUUGCGCCAGUUUUGCAAACAAGCUCCAAGAACACACUUGGAUCAACAAAUUUGUUGCCUAAUAGAUUCCUAUGAAUCGCAGAUCAACCAAAUCAGAAAAGAGCUAAGUAAAUAUAAGAGAAGCCCCAAUCAUACAGAAGGCAGAAAAGAGGAAGAGGAGGAGGAAUUCCUGAAGAACAUAGAUGCCACAGCUAAUUACAAAGCCUUGCUCAUGUCUUUUCAGACUCAGAUAAUAGAGACAAAAGCCCGAAAUGAGCAGCUCUUACAUGAAAAUAUACAUCUGAAGAAAGAGAUAGAGAUCCGACCAACUGUGCAAGAGUUAAGGUUUUACAAACACCAAGUAAAGAAGUUGGAGAAAACACUGAAGAACAUCAAGCCACAUGAGAACACCGAAGAAGAAAACACCAAAGAAAACAGAGAACUUACACGUAAUACAGGAGGAGACCAACUACAGGAAGUUUCCAGAAAAUAUUUGCAGGUGUUAUCCAGCAUUGACUCAAUUAUUAGAAGUCCAAGAAGAGCUCCUUUGGUGAUGCAUAUGCAAAGGAAAGGGUUACCACCAAGUUGUAUCACGGAGAAUGAACAGAAGUGUGGAUUUGAGCAUCUUCCUCUUACAGUUGAAAUGUGGGCAGACCAACUGAUGGCUCUGAAGAACUUACACAGAUCCCUGAAAAAACUGCUUUUGCGAUUAGUACCUUGGCACACAGUAGCUCUGCAGGAUAACAAUGAACAUGUUAGAGUUGAAGAUCUUCAGUGUUUAGUAGAUGAAAUCUCUGAAGAAGUAGACAAUGCGGAAAAGAAGAGUAGUGUGCCUUCCCAACACGCCUUGUAUGCAAUUGUCUCUCAUUUUCAAAAGCUGUUUGAUGUGAAGUCUUUGAAUGGGAUUUACCCUCGGAUGAAUGAAGUUUAUUCAAAACUUGGUGAGAUGACCAAUGCUAUGAGAAACCUACGUGAUCUCUUGGAACUAGAUGCUUCAACCCCUCCCAGUGUGCUAGUGAACAUUGUUGGAAAGCUCUGCAGCCUGUUUAACAAGGAUGUGACCAAGCAGAUAGAGCAGCUGCUGGGGACACAGGACAUCGAGAGCAUUAUCUACAAGUUAGAAGAACACGACCACUUUUUUCCAGCCUUUCAAGCUCUUACUGAGGAGCUGCUUCGCCUUUUAGAAGUCACAAAUCCGACAGAUAUAGUCCCUGCUGUGCAGAGAUUGAAAGGAAAAGUCCAAUAACGUAAGCCAUCCAUAAAGUUAUAAAAUGUAUCUACCUCUUAUGUAUAGUGUUUUAACUAUUUUAAUUAAAAUCUUUUAACUCA